CUUCUCUUGAUUAGUAUGCCUGCUUACGCCGAGCUACACACAAACCAGUUAGCUAGCAUCAUUUCAUCUAUAGCUACCCCAAAACAUCCUCUCAAUGUCACGUCAAUCCGAACGGUUUGUUUGAGAUACUCCUAAAUGACAUGAAUGCAAUCUGCUCACCGCUUCGGAUCGGUCGGUUGUCAUUCCAGGUCAGUUAACAACGAUCUAGCUCGGCUAACAGGCUAAGAGGCUAACAGCGCCUUCGAUGACAUUUCACUGACAAACACAACAGAACAGUCUGCAUGGCCGGCGUGCUGCUGAGUUAGUGUCCGGCCCGUGUGCGAGGAAGGCCGCCCGGGCCGUGGAGCACUAGAGAGGAAAAAUGGCUUUGCAGAACAGGAACUCUGUGCUGAUCCUGUCGGGUCGAGAGCGAGGAGCUCGCAUGCUGGGCACCCAGCGGCUCCUGCAGCAGCUGGUGGAAGACCGAACGCGCUGGAUGAAAUGGCAGAGCCAGAAAGUAGAGUUGCCGGAUAAUCCACGAUCAACCUUCCUGCUGGCCUUCAGUCCAGAUAGGAACCUUGUGGCCUCAACCCACGUCAACCACAACAUCUACAUCACAGAUGUGAAAACAGGAAAGUGCCUGCACUCUUUGGUGGGCCAUCGACGCACACCUUGGUGUGUGACCUUUCACCCCACCAUCCCUGGCCUGGUUGCCUCUGGGUGCCUUGAUGGAGAAGUCCGCAUUUGGGACCUGCAUGGUGGUAGCGAGAGCUGGUUCACAGAGAGUAAUGUUGCCAUCGCUUCUCUAGCGUUCCACCCCACAGCUCAGCUCCUCCUCAUCGCCACUAACAACGAACUUCACUUCUGGGACUGGAGCCGACCUGAACCUUUUGCUGUGGUCAAGACCGCCAGCGAGACAGAACGUGUCCGGUUGGUGAGAUUUGAUCCUCUAGGUCAUAAUCUCUUGACAGCUAUUGUGAACCCAUCCAACCAGCAGAAUGAAGAUGACUCUGAAGGUCCCAUGGACAGUAUGGAGAUGGCUUUGUUCCGCCAACGGUCUCUUUUACGCUCCCCACCUGUACGCCGCACGCCCAUCCUGCACAAUUUCCUGCACAUUUUGUCCUCUCGCUCUUCUGGGGCACAGGCCGGCGAUCAGUCCCGUCCCGCCCCAGAGCCCCGCGAGCCUCCCAGCAUACCUCGGUUCCAGUACCCGGUGCGGACGGAACCGAGUGACCGUUCGGCCUCACAGGGCUGCACUCAGCAUUUGGGUCUGGGCUGCCUUUGCAAUCGCUGCGCCGCCACGCGGAACUUAUUCACACAGAAUCCGGCAGGCCUCCAGCCUAUGGAUUCGCCUCAAACGCAGACUCAGUCGGGCCUCUCCGCCUUCUCGCCCGCCCCCAGCCAGACCCGCACCUCCACGGAUCGACCUUCUGCUUUUAGCAGUGUGUUCAGCGGGACUGCAGGGAACUCUACCCAUCGGGGUCUCUUGCCUCUUAGGACUAUUGAUCCCUUGGGGUCCCAGGUGCCCGGGCCUCUCCCUGGGGCUGAUUGGUCUGGUAGUCUGCUGAGCACGGGACAUGAACAUGGGUUAGGUGCGAUUGGGGUGGAAAGCAGUGGCGGAAGGGGUGUGGUGCCCCCUCCUAGGACGAGCUCCUCGUCAAUGGAUCUCCUCUCCCUCCGCAGGUUCCCCGAUGGUUCCUCUUCAUCACCCAUAUACACAUCUGCUACGGAAGGGCGGGGGCUAGUCCUACCUGGCAUGGAUCCCAACCGGGGACGAGCCAAUGAUGGCACAAGUAGCGGCCAUCACCCUUUCUACGACAACACUCAACGCAACAAUCCCGCCUCCAUACGCAAUGUCCUGCAGUGCAACCUGAGCCGUUACUUCAUGGAAUAUGAGCGCAUGCAGGAGUUAGAGCGACCUGGUGGCAGCCGAGAGGUGGCAGGUGGACCAGGACCCAUGCAGGAGCUGCUCAACAGUAGCAUGGACACGGAUCGACCCGGGCCUUCGCAUAACGGCUCUUCCCACACUGGAAAUGGAGACACGGUCGCAGGCCCCUCGCAAAACCACCCCAAUCGCUGCCGUUCGUGCCACAACCUCCUCACCUUCAACCAUGACACCCAGAGAUGGGAACGUUCUGGCCAGACCUCUUCUUCUUCUCAAGACGGACCAUCCUGGCCGCUUUCGGUUCCUCCGUUUGAGGACCCGGGUCAGGGUGCGCGAGUGGAAUCCCGAGCCCCUGAGAUGAGGCCUAUGGAGUUGAGCGAGGCCUCAUCUGGGCUACAGGAGCAGCAGCCCAUGGGUCUGGUGUACAAUCAGGAGACAGGACAGUGGGAAAGUGUGUACCGGCAACCAACGGCCAGCGCUUCUUCUGAGGCAGCGCAAGACGCCUUAAACCCAGAGGUGCCUGUUGAUAAUCCGGACGAGGACUCACUCAGGAGGAGGUUAUUGGAAUCGUCGCUGUUUCCAUUCUCUCGAUAUGAUAUGUCUGGCUCCAGAGAUCAUCCGAUAUACCCAGAUCCUGCCAGGCUGUCUCCAGCUGCUUACUAUGCUCAAAGGAUGAUCCAAUAUCUGUCUCGGAGAGAAAGCAUACGCCAGCGUUCACUGCAGAAUCGCCUACGGACUCUCUCAAAUUCUCAAGCGGAAAGCCAGUCCAACAACCCAUCCUCCACGCCACCGGAAGCCAGUGAUGGAGACUAUGAGGACAUCGAAGAGCCUGGAGACAGGACAAGACACAGAAUGCCCCGCAAUGCUCGAAUGUCGGCCCCCUCACUCGGCCGCUUUGUUCCAAGGAGGUUCCUGUUACCGGAGUACUUGCCUUAUGCUGGACUCUUCCAUGAAAGGGGUCAGUCAGGCCUGGCCACUCACUCCUCUAUCAACAGAGUAUUAGCAGGAGCAUCUAUAGGUGACGGCCAGUCAGCUGUGGCCAGUAACAUUGCCAACACCACUUAUAGGCUGCAGUGGUGGGAUUUCACCAAGUUUGACCUUCCGGAGAUCAGCAAUGCCACUGUGAAUGUGUUGGUUCCUCACUGUAAGAUCUACAACGAUGCCAGCUGUGAUAUUUCAGCUGACGGGCAGCUGCUGGCCGUGUUCAUUCCCAGCAGCCAGCGGGGUUUUGCAGAUGAGGGCAUCCUGGCCGUCUACUCCCUUGCUCCCCAUAAUCUUGGAGAAAUGCUCUACACCAAGAGAUUCGGUCCAAAUGCAAUCUCAGUGAGUCUUUCACCCAUGGGCUGCUACGUAAUGGUAGGACUGGCCUCCAGACGGAUCCUGCUCCAUCCCACCACUGACCACAUGGUGGCGCAAGUGUUCCGUCUGCAGCAGCCACACGGAGGAGAGACCUCCAUUAGAAUGAUGUUUAAUGUGGUGUACCCCAUGGCUCCAGACCAAAGGAGACACGUCAGUAUUAACUCAGCCCGGUGGCUUCCAGAGCCAGGCAUGGGAUUGGCUUACGGAACCAAUAAGGGCGAUCUGGUUAUCUGCAGGCCAGUUGAUUUCCGCAGUGAUGGAGACAGUCCGUCGGAUCUGAACUCGGAUUCUUUGUUUACUGUCAACAGCAGCAGCCGAACCCGUGGAGUGGAGCGCCCAGGGACGAGCAGGUCCGGCUGGCGAUUUGACCGGGACAUGGGCCUCAUGAACGCUAUUGGCCUGCAGCCGCGUCAGGCCGCGCCUUCUGUGACCUCACAGGGCACACAGACACCAGUGGUGCGACUGCAGAAUGCCGAGACCCAGACGGAGAGAGAACAUCCUCCAGCUAGUACCUUCCAGAACGCAUACACAUCCAGACACACGGUUCAGGUGGCCAGCACCAGCACUGAGAGACACACACAUCCAGAGACGACACGCACACUGUUACACACACCGAUUCAGGCUUCGGUUUCAGAGGGGUCGCUGAACCGGACAAACUUGCCCCCCACAUAUCACGCGGACUCCGCAGCCGAGCCGGGUCCGGGAGAAGACGCGCUGUCUCGCAUCCGCCGCCUAAUGGCUGAAGGAGGGAUGACGGCCGUGGUCCAGCGGGAACGCAGCACUACUAUGGCCUCGAUGGGUGGCUUCGGAAACAACAUCGUGGUCAGCCAUCGGAUUCACCGUGGCUCGCAGACCUCGGUCAGGACGACUCAGGUGGGAAACCCAACCGCGGAAACGCCUCCUGGACUCACUGUCCCAUCUCUUUUUCGCACUGAACCCAUGGUAGACUCUCUAGAACUUCCUGGACCAUCAGGGUCCAGCGGCGCCCCGCUUCCGCCACAGUUUACAACUCGCUCUGAGGUCGCGAGGGUGUCUCCUAUGGUUGAGCCAGACUUGUUUGCCGAUCAUCAAGCCGAUCACCCAUCCCCGAGUGGUUUGAAUAUGUCCAACCGUAGCAACAACAAUAACAAUGACCAUAACAGCUACAGUGAAAGCCGGAGCCGAGAUUAUCCUGAUGACCUGUAUGGCAGAUAGUCUAGCGUCUGGUUGUCAUUGAGACGAACGUCUCAAAACUGGUCUGCUUUUCGUGGUGGAGCCUUUGUUACAAUGACGGGACAUAAUGUUUGGGGGCGGAGCGACUGAACUUCCCGCCUCGGUUCUGACUCCUCUCACUCUGGCCUUAUUUGGGAAUUAAUGAGUGCCAAGUUUUUAAUGCCGUCUCCUUAACUGGGAGGCGUCAACCUCACCCUUUCCGACAAAACGAUAGAUUCUCGCUUUGGGGAAGCAUCAUUAUUGCACUUGCGUGUUGCACUUAAGUUUUAAUUUUUCUUCCUUUCAAGGUCGAGUCUGACAUUACAUCAUUCCAUGCGAGAAAGGGCAUCAUACUUGAAUCCUUACGGAAUUACACGGUCGUAGUUAACCACCCUUUCAAGCUCCGAGAAUAAUCAUCAGCCAAUCAAAGUGCCAGUUGUGUCUGGGGGCGUGUCCUUACCGAUUCAUUUGGAUCCAGUGGGGUCCGUUGUCUGAGGAACUGUGACGCAGUAAAGACUUAACUUAACACUAACUCUCAAAAAAACGUUUUUUUGUGUUCAAUUUCAGAGAUUAUGCUUGACGUGAUUGUUGUUUUUUUUUGUUCGCGAUAAUGUGAUUUCCAGUCAUCCGGUUGAUCGGUGUCUAGAACAACAUCUGCUUUGUUCUCAGACUGGAACGUCUUGUGUGCGUGAACGUGUCCCACUAAACUUCCAGAUGUCGAAUUUUAUGAUGGUUUUAAUUAGAAUUUAUUUAUCUGUCGAUUGAAAAAUACACUUUUGGAAGCAUGUUGUCUGUGAUUGUCCAUUGGAUGGAAAAAUCAGUUCAAGAACCCUCAUGCUGGUUCAGAUCUCUCAUAUCUGCAUGUGUGUCCAGUUCCAGAGCUUAUAAACGAGGAGACGAGGCUUAGGCGCAUUAGCAUGUUGGCUGUCCAGCGCACAUGCACAAUAAGUGAAAUUUUGGUACGCUGAGCAGUUUUUAUUGGGCUUUUAUACAUUUGUGACCGCUAACCUAUGUGUAUGGGUCAGUUUAUGCGAUUUAAAUCCCUGAUGCGUUUGUACGAAUCCUACUGAUGUGAUAUCUCAGAGUCAGAACCGAAAUGUAAGACGUUACAAUUCUUGCGCAAUUCAGCUACUGAUUGUCAAUUCUCCUUGAGUCAACCGAUUGGCCGAGGGUUUCAUUCCACUCUACCAAACGCAACAAACCUCUUAUGAUGCGCAAAUGGCAAGCGAUUGCACUUAAGCACCAUUUCACCGAGAAUAAUGUUACAGACGAUAAACCAGACGUAUCUCUAUUUUAGAUCUGGCUUACGUGCAAUAAACACUUGAAUAACCCAUAAAAGAGCAUUUUUUUGGACACUUAGGACAGUGGCGGCCCUAUACGCGCACACUGCAGAGUCACUGAGGACGGACACUGUUUGUAUGCGUGGAUGUCUGUCUGUGAGUUUCUGCCACUGAACCUACAGAGUUUUAUUAUACAUAAAUGUAGCAUUGUAAAUGUAGAGAUGAUAAAUCAAGAAGAAAAAACUUAAAUCCAUAUUUCGGGAUGUUUUUUUUUUUUUUUAAAUGACACUUGCCUUGUAUGUUCUGUUGUGCUCGUUUAGAUUCUUGUGUUCGAUUGGUCAACUCUAGCGAUGAGUUGUCAGUUGUCACAGGCCUUUCAUUAACAAGCAUUUAUAAAAUUCUUAUUUGUGCAAAAAGAUUUUUUUUUUUUUAGCUGCUUGGCUUGAAUUAGCUUUUUUGUAUUAAAAAAAAACGGUCCCCGAUAGGAAGGGUUUGUUUUUUGAAAGUUUGUGGAUGUGAUCUCAUUGCAAGCAAUGGCAGCUGAGGAACCUCUCAGAAACCACAUACCCUUUGGUGUUUUUCAAUGUGUUCAGUGCCUUGGGGAGUCUUCUCCUUACUGAACCACAAAAGCUGACAAUACAGGAAUAGCUCCUUCUUCAUAAGCCUUUUGAAUGUUCAGUGUUUUAGUAAUUGGUAGAAAAAUUGGUAAAAGUCUGGUUGUGUUGGCUGUCAUUUCGAUUAUUUAUUUUACUCUUUGUGUGAAUGACAAAUGCAAUCCUAUGAUAAGAAAGAAGGACCUUUUUACUUUAAACUCCAUUGAGAACAUACUAAAUAUCUUGUACCAUCAUUUAAGGACACCUCAUUUUUGACCAUAUGCACACCAUUAUUUUUAUGAAGUUGCUUUAUGCAGGGUUUGUUUUAGACUUUUAGGACAAUUCAUGUGUUCGGAUGAGAAUAGCUGACGGCGACCGAAAGUGUGACAUUUUAAAAACUGUAACUGUGUUCUUGUUGGAUGUGUGGUUAUGUAUAUGCUUUCACUGCUGGAUCGGUACCUUAGCUUAAGUCAUGAUAGUGGAAAAGACCAGAAUUCGACUUCCUACUCUUGCCCAGACAAGAGGGAUGUGUUGUUAUGACUUAACAUAAAUGUGUAGUUGGUUCUUUAUUUAGUGAAAAUGAGGAUGAGGUGUUGUAAAAGAAUUUCGUGGGACACCAAAGAUCCUGUGGUAAUGAGGAUUAUGAGAGUUUUAAUAAAAUGGGGAUAUGGAAAUUAA